CCGAAAAAGGGAAACGAAACGAUACAAAACACAGGAAAUUAGUGAACAAAGUUAAAACUGCCAUGUGAGUUCAUGAGAAUUACCAAUACAAACAUAUAGGAGGGUUUGGGGUUUAUUUUAAAAAGUCACUCAUUCAAAUUUGAAAAUAUUUGUUAUCUACAUUAUUUAUUUCAAAUAUAAAAUGCUGCAGAGAGCAUCUUGCACCCAAGAAAAUCCUCUCAACAAUACUCCUUUGUUCCAUUCACUGCGUGCAUCUACUAUACAGUACAGCUGGAGUGACCUCACUGCUCCAGACGAUGACCUUUGGCCAUCAAGCAACGUCAAAAGUGAGAGAACACUGAGCUAAUUAUGGCAUUCAAACACGCACCUGCUGACGUCCUUCACUGUGCAGCGAGCAGCCUUUGGCAGCAAGCGUGCGCUCGACUCGACCGCGCCAUGGUCCUCCUGCCUGUGUGAGACGAGAAUGUCAGGGCGCGAACAGCAGCAAUACGACCUGGUGCUCAUUAAAGAACUGGAGAUCACUUUGGAUUCUUGCACAUUGGGGCUGGCAGCAGUGGAUGAAGUCUGGCCCAACCUGUUCAUAGGGAACAUAGCUGUAGCACAAAAUAAAAAGACUUUAUCUAAACUGGGCAUCACUCACAUCCUGAACGCAGCUCACUCCAAGCAAGGCAGCAUCGGUGACCAAAGUUUCUAUGGCAACGCUUGCGUUUACUGCGGUGUACCAGGGGAAGACUCGGACCACUUUGACCUGAGCCAGUACUUCAAAUCCGCAGCAGACUUCAUCCAUAAAGGCCUGAAGUAUGAUCAUGGAAAAGUGUUGGUGCAUUGCAUUAUGGGUAUGAGUCGCUCUGCCACUUUGGUGCUGGCCUACCUGAUGAUACGGCAGCGUCUCUCACUCCAGGAUGCUGUGAAGCAUGUUGUCCAAAAGAGAGCCAUUUACCCUAAUAGGAACUUUCUGAUGCUCCUCCACAAGUUGGGUGAACAGCUGGCAUUUAAAAGGAAGAUGUGUCCCCUCCUCUGAGGCCUCCUCAAUGACCACAUUAAACUUCUCCAUCCCUCAAUGGACAUCAGAGUGUGUGACGGUCCUCAUGUUUAUGAUUUGUAUGCAACAAAAUGUCAUUACAUGUCAACAAACUUUGUAAAACCUUUUAAGAAAAUAUUAGAAAAGUACACUGUUUUAAUGUUGUCAAUAGUGCACACAUAUGUAACAAUGCGUUGUUUUGUUUGUUUUUUUAAUUGACGUUCAAAGGCAACUGUAAUAGUUUUUUAAAGAAUUUAAUAAACCAAAAUA